AUGCCUCCCAAAGGGAAAGGCAGUGGGGUGAAAGGUGGUGGAAAAGGAGGAGCUUCUGGUGGCAGUGACUCUGAUAAAAAAGCACAAGGUCCAAAAGGAGGAGGAAAUGCAGUGAAGGUGAGGCAUAUAAUGUGUGAAAAGCACAGUAAAGUCAUGGAAGCUAUGGAAAAACUCAAAUCUGGUGUUCGCUUCAGUGAAGUGGCUUCACAGUACAGCCAGGACAAAGCCUGGCAAGGUGGUGACCUUGGCUGGAUGACCAGAAGCUCCACAGUGGGACCUUUCCAAGAAGCUGCAUUUGCUCUCCCCGUUAGCAGCAUGGACAAGCCUGUAUACACUGACCCUCCAGUAAAGACCAAGUUUGGCUACCAUAUCAUAAUGGUGGAAGGAAGAAAAUAGAUGAAAAUACCAAUUUCCAUACAUGU